UGUUUCUCUCUCUUAGGCUGUCAAAAUUCUCUCUCCGUCUCUGUCUAUUACAAGCCCCCUUCUCCUUUUCAUAUGCUUCCUUAUUCCCUUUCUCUCUCUCAUCACUGUCUUUCUCUCUCUUCCCUCAAUUUCAUCCAGAUCUCUUCCAUUGAUUCUCCAAUGGAAGAUCAAGCCCGGACCCCUCAAUCAUCUGCCAGGGCUUCACCUUCUUCUUCUUCCUCUUCCUCCUCCAAUUUGCAGCUCAAUUUGCCUCCUUCAAUGUCUAGGGCUGCUCACUCACUUGAAACCCUAACUCCAUCUCGCCAAAUUGGCCGUAUGAUCAAUAUCAAUCACCAUUUGUCUCCAUCCAGAGCUAUCUACUCUGAUAGGUUCAUACCAAGUAGAUCUGGUUCCAAUUUUGCCCUAUUUGAUAUUUCCCCUGUCUCAAAUUCCGCUUCCGAUGGUCGCGAAGAUACUUCUACUGCUUAUGCUACGCUUCUUCGAACGGCUUUGUUUGGCCCUGAUUCUGGAGUAGUUCCUCCUGCUACUCCUGAGAAGAGAAGCUCCCCAAUGUGCCUUCCUAAUCAUAAUAUUUUUCGCUAUAAAACCGAGACUAGGAGGUCAAUGCACUCCCUUUCGCCUUUUGGGUUUGAUGAUGCGGCUCGUGGGCUUAGUCCUAGCCCUGUUAAGACUCCACGGAAGGUUCCACGAUCGCCUUAUAAGGUCUUGGAUGCACCUGCUCUUCAAGAUGAUUUUUAUCUGAAUCUUGUUGAUUGGUCUUCGCAUAAUGUGCUUGCUGUUGGGUUGGGUAAUUGUGUUUAUCUCUGGAAUGCGUGCAGUAGUAAGGUCACCAAGUUAUGUGACUUGGGAAUUGAUGACAGUGUGUGUUCAGUGGGCUGGGCACAGCGUGGAACUCAUCUUGCUGUUGGCACUAGCAAUGGAAAAGUCCAGAUUUGGGAUGCAUCACGCUGUAAAAGGGUUAGGACCAUGGAGGGUCAUCGGUUACGAGUUGGGGCCUUAGCUUGGAGCUCGUCUCUUUUAUCAUCCGGUAGCCGGGAUAAAAGUAUCCUUCAACGAGAUAUUCGAGCUCAGGAUGAUUUUACUUCUAAACUAUCUGGCCAUAAAUCAGAGGUUUGUGGAUUGAAAUGGUCGUACGAUAACCGUGAAUUAGCAUCAGGCGGAAACGAUAACAGAUUAUUCGUUUGGAAUCAACAUUCAACCCAACCAGUACUUAAAUUUUAUGAGCACACAGCUGCUGUAAAAGCUAUAGCAUGGUCUCCUCAUCUUCAUGGACUACUGGCAUCAGGGGGCGGAACUGCAGACCGAUGCAUUCGUUUUUGGAACACAACGACCAAUACACAUUUAAGCUGCAUGGACACUGGAAGUCAGGUGUGCAAUCUCGCAUGGUCUAAGAAUGUUAAUGAACUUGUUAGUACUCACGGGUUCUCCCAAAACCAGAUAAUAGUCUGGAGAUAUCCAACUAUGUCUAAGUUGGCAACAUUGACCGGCCAUACUUUCAGAGUUCUUUAUCUUGCCAUAUCACCUGAUGGACAGACCAUUGUAACAGGGGCGGGUGAUGAAACGCUGAGAUUUUGGAACGUCUUCCCAUCGCCUAAAUCGCAGAACACGGACAGUGAAAUCGGAGCAUCGUUCCUAGGACGAACCACCAUCCGUUAACAAUCAAAGAACGGUUCGACAUGGCAGCUCUUAACACAUACCCUUCAACGUUGUUGCACCAUAUGUUUUUUUGAGGAAUAAUAAUGACAAGGAUUUUGUCUGUGGUUUACAAAGAUUCAAAGUGAAGAACUUAUAACCAAAUCUGGUCUGCAUUAGCCAAAGCAAAGGUAGAUGAGAUCUGAGAAAGCUGUAGAUGAAAAAGGAAGUGAGGAUUUUGUUGUAGUCUUACACGAGGAGGAGAUGGAUCCCAAAUCUCCCUUAUUCUCUUCCCCACUUCAAUACAAAAUAUAUAUAUAUAUCUAGUUAAGUAAAUAAUUACCCAAUAUUUUGAUUAUUACUUCAGUGACUUGUAAAUUUAAGUGAGGAGAGAUUUUUUAUUCAUAUGAUUCAUUCAUACAUAUUUGGGGUA